AUGAAUGCUCUAAACGGAACUACGAAGAUUGUCGAAGUAGACACACCUGUGUCUAGGUUUGGACAAUACUUGACGGGCCCGAGCUUGGCCGGUGGUCUUGCUAUUGCCUUUCUUGUACCAUUCAUAUACCAGAUUGUCUAUUACAGAUAUUUCCAUCCUCUCAAAGAUUUUGAUGGUCCCUUCUGGGGAUCAGUAACCAGACUUUGGCACACAUAUCAGAACAUCAGGGGAAUCGAAUUGGAAACUUAUGACCGCCUGCUCAAGGAGAAAAAUACAAAUAUUCUUCGAAUAUCACCAACUGAGCUGUUGAUCCCAUCAGCUCUCUCCCUCCCUCAAAUCUACCAUCGUCAAGCUGUUAAGACAAAAUGGUACGUUACUGGUGCACUUGGUCCAGGAGAAUCAGUCUUCAAUAUGCAACAACAUUCGCACCAUGCUCACUUCCGUCGAUUAAUCGCUGGACCAUACUCGAUGUCUAAGAUGGUCAAGAAUGAACCUCUCAUUAACGACAUUAUCAUUGCUUGGAUCAGAAAAUUGAAUGAUAUGUUUGCUCAACAAAACAAAGCUUUUGAUAUGUCAAGAUGGGCAACCUUUGCCGCAUUCGAUGUCAUCAGCUUGGUUGGGUUUGGAGAAGCUUUUGGAUUCGUGGAUACUGCUACUGACGUUGAUGAUUUGAUUGAAGAACUCCAUAAAGGAUUUUUUUACUUUGGAAUUGUUGGCAGAAUGUACCCCUUCGUUGAGUUUAUCAAGAAGACUUGGCUUGGACGAUUCCUUGUCUCGAGUGAAAAGGAUAAGGGAGGAAUGGGGUUCUUAAUUAGAUGGACGAACAGAAUCAUGAAAGCUAGACAAAAGGAACUUGCUGAGGGAGGAAAAGACAAAGGCAGAGUUGACUUGCUACAAUCAUUCUAUGAGGCUCGCGAUGCCCAAGGGCAACCACUCACCGAAGAUCACAUCCGAGCCGAAUGUAUGUUAUUAUUCACAGCCGGUGCCGAUACUACCGGAACAACCAUGGGAGCAAUGAUGGCCUACCUUCUUUCUAACCCUACAGUAUACGCCAAAAUGGUGGCUGAGAUUGACGCCGCUUUCGACAGCGGUGCAUUAUCUACACCUGUCCCGGCUGCGGCAGAAGUUUCCAAGAACUGCCCAUACUACGUUGCUUGUGUCAAAGAAUCCUUACGCUUAUGUCCUUCGGCUCCUAACAUCUUCCCUCGUCUCGUCCAAGCUGAUCAUGCUCCACUUGUAAUCGAUGGAAAAAUCAUUCCAGUUGGAACUGAAGUUACCAGCACUGCUUACAUGGCGAACCGUGAUCCGGCAGUUUAUGGAAAAGAUGCAGACGAAUUCAGACCCGAAAGGUGGUUGGAAAACAAUGGAGAAGCUGGUAAAGUAUUUGAUAAAUAUCUUGCUACUUUUGGAUAUGGUACUCGAAGUUGCUUGGGUAAGGAUCUUGCAAUGAUUGAAUUGAUGAAGACUCCUUUGAUGUUUUUCCGAGCAUUCAAUCCACGACUGUGCCUCCCCAGCAAAGAAACUCCAUCCCCAAAACGUAUUCUGGUUGGCGCUAUGUUUUAUUGGGAUGAUAUUUGGAUGAAGCUUGAAAAAAGAGAUAUUCCUGGAUUCACUUGGUGA